AUGAACGUGAGCCGCCCAUCGGUUCACCCCGUGGAGGCCCCACCCUUGACUGACUUGGCAGCCCAGAAUGCUCUCAGAGUGAGGAUGAAGGACGUUCAAGGCAUGCCUGGCACCGCAGGUGGUCUCGUGUUGCGUCUUUGCCAGCUCGGCUUUGCAGCCAUUUCUCUCUCAGUCAUGGCCACCACCUCCGAUUUUCCCUCUGUCACUGCUUUUUGCUACCUUGUUGCUGCUGUUAGUGUGCAAUGUGUGUGGAGCUUGUCACUGGCGAUUGUUGAUGUGUAUGCUCUUUUAGUGAGGCGGAGCUUGCGCAACUGCAAGGUUGUGGGUUUCUUCACCAUUGGAGAUGGGUUGGAAAGUGAAAAUUUGUGCAUGAGGAGUACAUUGUCCAGACCUAGUCCAUCCCCAGCUUACAGAAAUGUGGGUGCUCUUUUCAUGCAGAUCACAUCCACGCUUACAUUUGCUGCCGCAUGUGCUUCUGCUGGAAUUACUGUCCUCAUUGCCAAUGAUCUUAACAAAUGUGAUGUGAACCAUUGCAAAAGGUUUGAGACUGCCACAGCUAUGGCUUUUAUCAGUUGGUUUGCUGUGUCACCAUCCUUUCUUUUAAACUUCUGGUCACUGGCUUCCCGGUGA